AAGCUUCCGAGGCUCUCGGGCCGGCUGCGGCUACCUUUCUUCCGCAAGGAGACGACGAAGCCGCUUCAGAACGGGCAAAACAUGGAGACCGACCUGACCAACUUCCUCCAAAACGGCGCGCAACCGGGCAUGCCCACGUUGCACAAGCUCCUCCUGAAGCAGUACUCCAAUCCUCCGAUGCACGGUGGCGUCAACGCGCCCCAGGCAAGCCACCUGUACCCGUCCUCGAUGCCUUUCGGCAUGCCCAGGCUGCCAGCACCCACUUCGGUGAGGCCCAUGGUUCACCCGCCACCUCCUAUGCCAAUGUACCCGAUGUCCCAUCACAUGGCCGGCUUCCACCCAAUGAGACCGCCGUACUACCCACGACCGGGAGGCAUGAUGCACGGCAUGCCGCUGCCGCCAUCGCCGUUCGGCGUACUACCGCCUCCGCCGAGCCCGCGGCCGCCUCCACCACCGCCUCCCAAGGUCAACAAGAGACCGGGGCCGGGGCCCAACGUGGUGUUCGCGGACAAGGAGCCGCAGGGCAGCGAUGGCAACUACGAGUCGGGCGAGAUCGAAGACGAGACGCCCAUCAUCAUACGCGGCCGCAAGCACCACGGCAAGCGGCGGCGGCCCAUUGUCAUUGAGGAGGACGUGUCCAGCGAGGAGGACGACUCGACGAGGCCCAUAGUGGUGCGCGGCCGCAAGCCGUACCGCAGCCGCGGUCGACGUCCGCCGUUUUCCGAGGACAACGACGAGCCAGACGAACCGGCGUACGCGAGUCGUAAGAGACCCCUCACUUACAUCGAGGAGCUGUCCGACUCUCGCCCGUACGGCAUGCGGGGCGGUGGCGGCGGAGGUGGUGGAUUCGACGACGAGGUGCCCAAGCCUUCCGGUAGCUUCCUGCACGACAUCAACACGGGACCCAGGGGCAUCCUGCGGUACAAUCCCAACACGGGACGCUUCUUUCACCAACCGCCGGACAGCAGCCGCUUCGACACGCUCAUGGCGUCAGAACAGCGGAAUAGCCCGAGGGCCACGAGUUCGCCGGGGUUUUACACGGGUUCUCCCGGCAGCGUGAUUCACGACUUCAGCAGUAUGAUGUCACACCAGAGGCACCAGGACUUCUCGGGGCUCCUCGACGAGUCCAAGAUGGUCCUCUCGCCGCACAUCGACGCCGUCACGUCACUCAGGGACCGACACGAGGCGUCCAGCUUCUUCCCGAACAAGCUUGAGUCUCAGCCGCCGCCGUCGCCAGGCAAGGACAUGCAGCCCAUAGUGUUCCACCUCCCCAACAAGGCGCCUUCUAAUCGCGAAAAGUACGUGCAAGCACUUAUAGUUCCCAUCCAAGGGAACAUGGAUCAAGUAGCUGAAGAGACGUUCGACAAGGCCACCAGCAAUCGCGUCCUUAUAAGCCCCAGAGGACAGUCAUACGUGAUAUUGCCGCCGAGAAACGAAGGUCUACAGGACAAGCAGCAGAAGGAGGCAGGUCCUAUGACCGACUCUCUCGAGCAGGAAGCGCACGUUAGACAAAACGGCCCGGUCGCUGCCCAGUCCUUUAUGCCAGUUACGUACGUGAGGCCGCCCAGUGGCUUGGAUCCCUCGGACAACAGGAUUCAGCCCACUUACCAUCCUGUCGACAGAACACAAAACUACGCGCAGCCCACGGCUAUCCGCAUUCUCGUGAGGAAUCCCAUAGACGGCACCAGCAAGGAAGUCUUCUCCAGCACUAUAAACGCCGGUGGUCCAUACCAGCAGGUCGGAGGGGAACCGCAGUACAAUCCUGGCAGAUUCAACUACGGCCCCGGGAACGACCAGAACAAUAGUAAGCUAGUCAUCAUCGCCCUUCCUAGAAGCGAACCGAACAGAGGCACGCAGGGGAUCGGCUCUCCAAAUUCACGCUCGAGCCCCGCUGUAAAUACUUAUUAUCAGGCAACAGCACUGAACAAACGCUUGCCAGCUACUUCGGCUGAAACGACAACACCAGUGCCUACGGUGUACAAUGAUCACCGACCGACAUCACAGUACCUCCCACCGAAAGUGCCUUACGACGUCGUCGCUCCGCAAAGUUCCGCGUCAUUCGGUUCGCCGAACAGCAAGCAGAAGACUGGCAACUUGGGCAAGACAGGCUACAGCUCAGCACCCGCGUUUUACGAACCGGGUAGGUCGCGGCAACAAUCUCAUCACAAGCCAAAACAGACUGCAACGUCUUCGAACCACGCCAGGAGGGCGCCGUCCACCUACAGUUACUAUCGGCAACAAAUAACUCCGGCGCCACCCUUGUCUUCAGGCCUUGGUACUGCGGCCCAGAGACGCGCAACUCGUGUAUCCCAGUACGCCAGGCGAAAGUACUCCUCCGCGUCAGACGGUUUGCUGAGCGAGCUGCCGUACGACUCGGGCUACCCUACUACUGUAACAGGCAACUCGGCCCAGGAGUACCCGGCCCUGGCGAAGAUCCCAGAGACGACUUUCACUUGCCACAACAAGGUCCCCGGCUACUACGCCAGCACCGAGCACAGGUGUCAGGUGUACCACCACUGCACAGCCGCCGGCUCCCUGCAGACCUUCCUGUGCCCCAACGGCACCGCUUUCAGCCAGCAGUCACUGGUGUGCGAAUGGUGGCACGAUGUGUCCUGCCCGCCCAACGCCAAGACGCCGCAGCCCGUCAAGGAGUCAUCCUUGCAGAGCCUCACCGAUGACGUCGGCUACCCCGUGUACAGGUGGCCCACCCGAACGCAGCAGCUGCUAUCGCCUCCCGCAGUGCGCCAGCCCACCACGACUCAAGCUCCGCAACCGCCCAGCUACAGCAGUUCCGUCAGUUUCAGCGUCGCCGCCGGAACCAAGGCCCACACGCUGGCGCCUUUCACCGGCAGCGGGGGAGCUGCGUCCACGGAGUACACAGUGGGCCUCGGUGGAGGCAAGCUACAGAACGCGACCCUGACUUUCCAAGCUGGGGACCGGAAAGUCGUGCGGGCACGAAAGCUGGUGACAAAGAUUCGAGGAUCCACGGCGUCGCAAGGAAGCGGCGGACAGAAGCGACAACGGAGCAAGGAAUCGUCCACGACGCAGUCUCCGGACGCCAAAUCUAGCGCGGAGUGACCUCCAAUCGAACAGUGAACGUCGGCCCAAAAAGAAGCUAGGCGACCCAAGACGGAGGACAGACGCGACACAACAGAAGGGCCCCGCAGAAUACCACAGGAACAGGACGCAGCAACUAGACCUCCAACAUGCCAACUCAGCAAGGGUGUCCAGAGUUUACUGUGGUUGGCAUACAUGUCGCGCGCCGCACGCACGGACGCCAAAGUGCUGGGCAACACGAACUGAUUCUCUACAAAAUGGUCGAGCAAUAUGAGUUGAAGUACCACCACAUUUCCCGGUCUACACUUCGCACCCAGCAUGUAGUUCUAACGGGUGAUUUUUGGCUGAACUGUUUGUGGCCAGUGUAAAGAAAAGGUGAUGGCGGACCCGGUAAUCGUUAUAUGAUUUGCCAUGGCGUUAAGUUGCCGGCGUAUUCAGGCCUCGUUACUUUCAAACUUGCCCUGAGUAAGAAAAGUGCCGCUGAGUCCAGGCAGCCAGUGAAGUGAUCUUGAUGUUUAGGCUGCACCCACGAAUUGUCUGCACCGCGAGUAACAAUUUUUGAAGAUGCAUAGUGCCAGGAUUGUAGACCGGAAAAUAUGGUACUUUCAAAAGCAGCAAAGGCUGUACAGAAAGGAAAAGAAGGGACGGUGUGGACGAGGGGUGGGCGGGCUUGUGCGGGUGCAAAAACUGCAAUGAAUCCAUGCGUGCACGCUCACUUAACCCGGUGUUUGUGGCCGGCCACGGCCGCCUGUGAAACAAGACGACGACGAGCUGGAGCAAGCCCUGCUGCCGAGCCGACUCCUUGAGCAUUAACACUGCCGGAUUGACACCUGCGGUCCGUAUACUGCUGGGCAGGACUCAGGACCGCAGGCCAUCUAUUUUUUUUUCUUUGUUUCUUUGUACAUAACAGCACUCUCCUGACCUCAUAUUUCAGUAUUUGAGCGAAAGAAGCCUUUAUUUUUGAGCGUUUUGUUUAAUAAAGAUGUAUUUAA